CGCAUAGGCUACAGGACGCCUGCUCCUUAAUGCUUAAGAGAUGGUUUCUCCAUAACAUAGCUCAACAUCUAUUCAUGUCAUACGCAUAGCCUAAUUCUAAAAUUCAGAAUGGGUGGUGGGUUCGAGCCCCGCUUGGAGCGAGUGCGAAAAGCGUUAGAAAGAACCCGGGAGAGAGAGGUUAGGCUGUGCGUAUGUUUCUCAUUGGCGAAACCUAUAGCUACAUUUCCUACAGACGCGGAUGAUUCAGCCGUUUUAGAUACAGGGCUGCGCCUCUUGCUUUUCUUGUCUCUUUCAGCGUAUUCGAAUUCAGCAUAGAUAUAAAUCAUCAUCAGUGUUAAAGUCUUUAUUUAAAAGUCGCCGUUUCUCUCUGUUAGUCGGCUCACGCUGCGGCUCAGAAAGAGAGCACUGACAAACAGAGAGGAAAGGACAUUAAUCACAUUAUAUUCAACUCUACAUCAAGAUGAACAGGGCACUUGAACUCUCUCUUUUCACAUGUUUCGUGAUUGGUGUGUUUGGUGAUGUAGAUGAAGUGGUGUCAGUGUCAGUGAUGGAGGGAGAUUCUGUCACUCUACGCUCUGAUGUUACUGAUGUACAUGAUGUGAUCGAGUGGAGGUUUCAAGGAUUUCUCAUUGCUAGAGUCAACAGAGAGUCUAAUAAGGUCUCAAAAAAGAUUACUUAUUAUGGAGGGUUCAAAGACAGACUGGAGCUGGACAAUCAGAGUGGAGAUCUCAAAAUUAAAAAUAUCAGAAACACAGACACUGGAGAAUAUAAACUAAAGAUUACCAGCACAGAAUCAUCCUCAAAGAUAUUCAACAUCACUGUUGUGUCUGAUCCUCGGUCUGACGGAGUGACGGUUGUGUCAGUGAUGAAGGGAGAUUCGGUUGUCCUACACACUGGUGUUCCUAAAAUACAGAAUGACGAUGAGAUACUAUGGAGAUUUAGAGAUAAAGAUGUUAUUGCUAAAAUUAAGAAAGAUGUACACAUCCACUCUACAUAUGACCAUAUUGCUGAUGGGAUAUUCAGAAGCAGACUGCACCUGAAUCUUCAGACUGGAGAUAUCAUUAUCAGGGACAUCAGAAACAGCACUUCUGGACUUUAUGAAGUUGAUUUCAAGAAGAGCAGCUACACCACACACAAGUCAUUCAAUGUUAUUGUCAGUGAUCAGCUGAACAGAGUGCAAGUGAAGGAGGGAGUUUUUGUCACUUUGGGAUCUGGUCUUACUAAUGUAGAAGGAGAUGAUCUGGUUCAAUGGAGAUUUGAACAUGAAGACCAUGUCAUAGCAAAAAUCAACAAAUCAGCUUCAUCAUCCUCUACAUCUGAUGGUGCUAAUGGAAGAUUCAGAGGCAGACUGGAGCUGGAUGAUGAAACUGGAUCUCUGACCAUCAGAAAGAUCGCAGCUGAACACAGUGGACUCUAUCACCUCGAUAUUACUGGCAGCAAACACGCCAUAUUCAAGAAAUUCAUUGUUUUUGUCUGUGGUGAGUAUAUCAAGUGUUUAAAAUGA